CUGUUGCAUUCUUCUUGUCGUGGAUACGCGCAUUGACCCCUCCGGCGCGUCAACGGCGAAUCCCUACCCGCGCGAUCCUAUACCUUGGCCACUACGAAAACGAAACAGCCGUGAAAUUUCCACAAUCCCGCAUCCAUUCCCCGGCCGUCGACUCACGAGCUGUGAUCCGAUCGAGUUAGCUACAAGCCGGUUGCAGCGUCCGCGCCCCGCGGCCGUCGAGGACCGAGCAGGAGACGGCGAUCACCACCGGCCAUGUCCGGCGACACGUUGAGCAGCGAGGGCGACCAGCUGCGGGCGUUCCGUGAGGCGGCGCGGCGGCGGCUGCGCGAGCGCGUGGGGGCGAUCCUGCGCGCCAUCCGGACGCCGCUUGCCGACGUGAUCCGGGAGCACGCGCUCGUGCACCUCCCGCCAGCCGCCGCUGCGCGCCUCCGCCUCGUGCACAUGUCCUGGGCACGCACGAUGGCUUCCCCUCUCUUCGCCGUCGCGCACGCCGCCGCCCCGCGCCAGAUCUCGGGGCUCUUCGCGCCCUCUGUGGGGUUCCUCCCCUUCGACGGCACCGACACGGUGCGGUCGCCGAAGCUCUCCUUCGUGCCCGCGUCGUCGGCCCUCGCAGUGCUCUCCUCCUCACACGGGCUCGCGUGCUGCUUCUCGCCGGCCGACGACGAGUUCUUCGUCUGCAACCCGGCGACGGCGUCAUGGGAGGGCGUCCCGUGCCCACCGCGCCGGACCUGGCCGCGCCCCGCGAUUGUGGUCGUCUUCGACGCCGGCGUAUACAACUUCCGCGGCGACUACACGCUCGUCUGCGCCUUCGAGUCGGCUCCGGGCUCCGGCACCUACUGCUUCGCGGUGUUCACAUCGGGGACCGGCGCGUGGUGGGUCGCCGACGCGGUCGCGCCCGCCGAGGGGCUCGUCCCCGCGUCGGGCGUGGCGGCCGCCGGGACGGCGUGGUGGCGGACCAGCAUCGGCACGGCGGUUGGGUACAACCCGGUCACGGGGAGCGUCGAGCUGGCGCUGUGCCCCGGCGACAGUGGCCAGUGGGAGAUCGGCUCGGCCGCGGGCAGACUCCACUGCGCAGUGCGCGCCGACGGCGACGUCGUGGUGUUCCGGCUCGACAGGCACAGUGACUGGGAAGAGGCCGCGAGGGUGGCCGUUGCGGAGAUAGUGCAAUAUCGGCAACCAGAGCCCGUCCACGAGCAGACCGAGGCAGAGGCUGAGGCCGACGACGAGGUGGAGGCGAACAUAGUAAAUGCGCCGGACGACGACGUGCGGCUGCUGCCGUUCCAGGGCUCGGAGGUGGAGGUGGUGGUGCUGUUCGGCAGGCGCGUGGUGGCGUUCGACACCGUAACGCGGCGGCGGCGCGAGGCCGCCCUGCCGGAUCAGCCGGACACCGAGUGGAGCGCCGCGGAGUACGUCGCGCACACCAACACGCUCGCGAUGGUCGCGCCCUCGGUGCUCACCCGAGAGCCGUCGCCGGUCAUGGAGCCGCCGGACGAUCGGGAGGUCGCGUUUUCUUGAGCGAAUUUCAGUGCCUCGCGUGCGCUGCGCGCACACAUGCUUUGCCAUAUUAUUCGAUCGAGAGAAUAAUCAAGCUUGUGCUUGUGCUU